AUGGCUCAGCCUCUCCUUGUGUACGCUGGCGGAUUUCAUCCUCAAGAUUGCGUCGAUAACCUGGGGGAGUUUCUUGUGUCUACCAUGGAAGCAUUCAAAAGAGAAAUGUUUCAAGAGUUUAAGUCUCACUCAAACCAGAUGCAGGAGCUUACUAAGUCGGUUGAGUUCCUGUCAGCAAAUAUUGACACAGCAAACCAGACGCUUAAAAAAGUCCAGCUGGAUUAUGCCGACAUUAUGAAACAAAACCAGAAGUUAACUGAAGCAAACUUGAAGUUGGGCGAGACAGUCAAUGAGCUCAAAAGUAAAGUCAGAGAACUGGAGCAAUACUCUAGAAGAACCAAUCUGGAGAUCAGCGGCAUCCCUGAAACGCGGAACGAGGACACUAUGAAGAUCCUGGGUGACAUCGGCACUGCCAUAGGAGUCGAGCUUCAUGACACCCAGGUGAUGGCUGCACAUCGAGUUCCCAGCUACAAGCAAGGUCGAGCUCCACCCAUGGUCGUCCAGUUCCAGACCAAGAUGCAGAGGGAUGUCUGGAUCACCAACUACAAGAAAAACAAGGACCUAUCAGCCCGCAGAGUGAACAACGUCUUUCCGGACACCAGGGUGUACAUCAAUGAACAUCUGUCACCGGACAACAAGAUCUUCUUGGCUCAACUCAAGGAAAGAAGCAAGCAGUGCAAUGUCAAGUAUGUCUGGUUUAAGGAUGACAAGUUCUAUCUCAGGAGGGAUGAUGGGGAGAAAUACUUCAAAAUCACUAGCCUUGAUGAAGUGGAAAAAUACCGCUAA